AUGAACAGCUUCAUUGCGAUCACUCUGCUGGCCGUGAUUGGGGUGGCCAUUGCGGCUCCCGCCAAGCACGGCGGUGGACACACCCACCAUGGAGGAGUCGUGCCGGGACCGGCCGUCGUCCACACCUACUCGGCCGUCGCACCGGUGGUCAAGUGCGGCCACAAUCUUCUGGUGAGCUGCGAUCCCCACCAUCACCCGGUGCCGUGCAAGGCUGCCCCGGCUCAUCACGCCGGCUAUGGACACCAUGCUCCGGCCCCUGCCCCGGCCUACCACCAUGCGCCGGCACCGCACUACGCCCCGGCCGCUCCCGCCUACCACGGUGCCGAGCAUGGUGAGUACCGCGCCAAGCACCACAAGAAGCACCACAAGAAGCAUCACGGCAAGGGCAAGAGCGCCGACAACGUCGGAGAAGCGAUCGACAGCAGCUCGGAGGCGAUGUAAGCGGUCCGUGAGGGUCGUUGCAGCAGCAGCAGCAGUGCGUAAGGAGGAAAACGCUUUGCAAGCUGGCUGAUGAAUCAUUCAAGACUGAAU